GUUGUUAUCUGUUCAUAGAGGAGUAGGGAUGACGACGAGAGUGGCGCUGACGCUGGUGGUGGCGGCGGUGUGGGUGGCUGUUGCUGCAGGAGGGUCAAGCCCCGACAGGUUCUUCCCCCACGGGAUUCGAGGCCACGACAGGGAGGAACACUGGGGCGCCAAUCUCACCACGCCGGAGCUGAUCGCGGCCAUGGGGUACCCGGUGGAGAUCCACCACACGACCUCUGAAGACGGCUACAUCCUCGAACUCCACAGGAUUCCUUAUGGGAUUGUUGACGGGCCGUCGGAGGGCCGCCCUGUGGCCUACAUGGAGCACUGCCUCUUGUGCUCCUCCGCCGACUACAUCAUGAACGACCCUGACAAGGCUCUUGCCUACAUUCUGGCCGACGCCGGCUACGACGUCUGGCUAUCCAACAUGCGAGGCAACACCUACACCAGGACGCACGUCUCUCUCUCCCCUGACGACCUCGCCUUCUGGCAGUUCUCGUGGGACGAAAUGGCGUACUACGACGUGCCUGCCAGCAUCGACUAUGUCCUCGACCACACGGGCGCCUCGGCCGUGUACUACGUCGGCUGGAGCAUGGGUACUACUGUCUUCUGGGCCCUGAUGAGUGAGAGGCCAGAGUACAACGAGAAGAUCCACGCCAUGGCGGGGAUGGCUCCGGUGGCCUACACAGACCACUCCAAGGGCUUCAUGCAGGAGUUGGCACCUUAUUCUGGAGAUCUUGACAUUGUGAUGAGCUUGCUGGGAACGGGGGAACUGCUGCCUGGAGACGGUCUAAUAGACUACCUCGCUGAGAACUACUGCGACGUUCAAGACGACACUGCCGAGGUCUGCUACAACUUCCUCUUCCUCAUAUGUGGCCCAGACGCCGACGAGAUCCCCAAGGAGUACCUGCCGGUGAUCCUGGCCCACUUCCCCGCCGGCACCUCCGUCCACACCGUCAACCACUUCUCCCAGCUCAUUCUCGCAGGAGUGUUCCAAAAGUACGACUACGGACCAGAGGAGAACAUGAUUAGAUACGGCCAGGACACCCCGCCCUUGUACAACCUCAGCCGCGUCACCGCUCCCGUUGGUCUCUUCUGGGGCAACACUGACUGGCUAGCCGACCCUGAGGACGUUGCUCGGCUGGCUGAGGAACUCCCAAACGUCGCUCUGAACUUCCAAGUCAACAAAACAGAAUUUAAUCAUCUCGACUUCGGAUGGGGCAUUGACGCUGACAAAUACGUGUAUCAGUACAUACUCGAGUUCUUCACCAACUACUGAGUUACUGAGUGUGUGGAGGCUCUCGACUCAGGCACCUUGUGGCUCUGGGACACCUUGUGGCUCUGGGACACCUUGUGGUCCAAGAUUAUUGAUGGACAACAAUAAACAUCGUCGAUAAUAGAAUCAUUAAAACCACUAUGAACUCACCAACACCCUAAAUACUCCCGGCACAUUAAACACCUGCCACACUAAAUACUUGUCACACUAAAGACCUGUCACCCUUGAGACGAGUGCCUGAACCCUUUGGAUCACCCUGGUCGAGCCACUAUUAACUUCUACUGUAUUCGUUAUGGUGAUUGACUAAUAAAUUUGUUUAGUAUCAUA